AUGCAAGUCCAGUUUUAUAGGGCUCUAUGGGGUGUGAACGAGGAUUUCGAAGUGCUCUUCCCUCGAUUACAGAUGCAAGGGUUUGCUGGAGUAGAAGUCUCGCUUUCUUCCAUGGGAUGGCCUGAUAAAUCCAAGACUGACCGUUUCAGUCAGCUUCGUCUCAAAUAUGGCCUGAAAUUCCUUGCUGGUUUAUACACUGCUUGGGACAACUAUAUUGGAGAUUGGGCUCCGAAAACUGUUGAAGAGCACUUGAUGCAAUUCAAACGAGAGCUGAUUGCCGCCAAGGAGCUUGGAGCUUUUCAUUGCAAUUCUCAUUCUGGUGGGGACAAUCUCUCGGAUGACGAGGCAAUCCAAUUUUUCGAAGGUGCUCUUGCGAUCGAAAAGGAGGUGGGCCUCACUGUAUCUCACGAGACGCAUCGUGGGCGAAUACUCUACUCUCCGUGGCGUACAUACAUGCUACUGAAACGUCUACCUACGCUUCGGCUCACUUUGGAUCUGUCACAUUGGGUAGUUGUAUCCGAACGAUUUAUAUUGAAUCCAACGAGUCCGCAUUAUCGGCAACUAUUAGAAUUGGUAGCAUCACGAGUAGAUCACAUCCACGCCAGGAUAUCUACCACUCAAUCUUCACAAAUUGAUGACCCAGAAGCUACAGAUGGCUGGGAUCCGAUAUGUCGAGAGGAGUUCGAUGCAGUUUGGCAAUUCAUUUGGGACGUGCAGCGUAAAGCUGGCAAACGUGUCAUAACAAUGGACGUCGAGUAUGGGCCGCCGGAAAUCGAUGAUGGUGGAUACCAACGAAAUGUGAUGUGGGUAGCAGAAACUGUGAAUGGUCAACAUGUUGUAAAGAAACGACCUGCCAAAGUUUUAAAUGACCUCGUAGUGACUGAAAAGAGUCGUUUAGAACGCAAGUUCAGUGCAUGGAAAUCAGCACACAAGCUAUAA